CGGGAAAGCAGAGACGUCCGGAGCGUCGGGGAUACCACGGGGACGCGGCGGCAGCGAAGGAGGGCGGCAUCCAGGGCAGCGGUGACAAGCGGUGACAGGUCCGGAGCGGUGGGGACAGUCCCAUUGGUCGCUCUUAUCUCCUUGGCAGGAGCCAUCAUGGCAGAGGGUCAGAGCUGCUCUCCAUAUAAAUGGUAUGGCCGGUCCGGGUAGGUCUCACAAUCUCACAAGACACAAUGUUGAAGCUCGUGGUCCUCGCUCUCUGCUUGGCUUACGCCUAUAGCUGCGGUGUUCCAGCCGUUCAGCCCAUCCUGUCCAGAGUGGUGGGCGGCCAUGAUGUACGGGCAAACAGCUGGCCAUGGCAGAUUUCCCUGCAGUACCAAGGAUCCAGCGGAAACUGGGGCCACACAUGUGGGGGCACUCUGAUUGCUGACAACUGGGUGCUGACCGCCGCUCACUGUAUCAGCUCUGAUCGCACCUACAGAGUGGUUCUCGGAAAGCACAACCUUCUGGAAGAGGAGGAAGGAUCAAUCAUUAUCUCUCCAGAGAAGAUCAUUGUCCACGAGAAGUAUAGCUCCUUCUUAUUGAUCCGUAAUGACAUCGCUCUCAUCAAGCUCUCCGAGCCCGUGCAAGUGAGCGACACCGUGCAGCCCGCCUGUCUGCCAGCUAAGGGCGCUGUCCUGUCACAUGACUUCCCCUGUUAUGUCACCGGAUGGGGACGUCUGUACACCAACGGACCCAUCGCUGACAAUCUCCAGCAGGCUCUUCUCCCCGUGGUCGAUCACACUACUUGCUCCAAGUCUGACUGGUGGAGCUUCCAAGUAACGACCGACAUGGUCUGUGCCGGAGGAGAUGGAGUCGUGGCUGGAUGUAAUGGAGACUCUGGGGGUCCUCUGAACUGUCAGGCUGCUGAUGGAUCCUGGGAGGUUCAUGGCAUUGCCAGUUUUGUUUCCGGAUUAGGCUGUAACUAUGAGAAGAAGCCGACCGUCUUCACUCGGGUGUCCGCCUUCCAGGACUGGAUCAAUGAUAAAAUCAUCAACAACUAAGAAGAGUGCAGGAGAGUUGUCCUCGAGCCGCGGCACCGACCUCAGCCACAUCUCACCGCUCACUGCCUUCUGUAUAGUGUCAUGUUAUCAAUCAAUAAAGAGACUUAGAAUCUGC